UUCUAGUUCAUAUAAAAAACCUUUGUAAAAAAUUGUACUAUUAACACCUGUCGUUUGAACAAGAACAAUACUUGCCGCACCAACUAACAAUAAUGUCAGGGUAUCGAUCAAAGCCCGAUGAACCAGAAUCGUUCCUGGACGAAUCGCUUCUGCCAUCCGUGCACAGACCUAAGCAGAAACACGAAUACCGCAGUAUUUUCUUGCGCUACCGAACAUACAUUCUUGUUCUCAUACUCUUCUGCUUUGCAACCGGUUUCUACGUAUGGUCAGAAACCAUCACAGCUUCUGUCAGGCAAAAUCUGAAAACCAGCCCGAGCUCUGGGCCCAACAAGCAACAUGACCGCACCGAUACACCACUGCCACACCCACUGCCCAUCAUUCCAAUGAGGCCCUACAAAAACACUGACGUUAAUUUGCCCAUCAUUCCAAACUAUGGCCCGCCCGUGACAGCGCAGUUGGGAUUCGACCACAUAUACGUGAUCCACCAUUUGGGCCAUCCCGAUAAGCUCGUUAGAAUGGCUGAGCUCCUACAAUUGCUCCAGAUCACAGCAGAAUUUGUGCCCGUCAUCCCACUGGCCGAGAACCAAGUACCUGCAUCCAUGGUGCAGUCCGCCAAAAGCCUAGUUGAAUGGCAAACACGCCACCGCAUCUACUGCGACAUGCUCGAAGCAGGCUACCGCUCGGCCCUGGUUCUCGACGACUCUGUCGACAUGGAGCUCAACAUCAAAACAAUCAUGCGCACCAUCCACAGGAAUUUACCCCAGGACUGGGACAUGUUCUUCCCCGGCCACUGCGGCGCCUUUGAGAGAAAGCAGCCCAAGGCUAGUCCCAAUACGGAUUCCAUUCGGUUCGCCAAUAUGCCCAUAGGGCUGCACGCGCAUGCUGUGUCGCACAAGGGUGCAAGGCGCAUUGUGGCCAAUUUGCGCUCGUCGCCGACAUCGUCAGAAAUUAUCAAUAUGGCCAUUAUGCGUCUCAAGGAGCGCGGCAUUCUGCAGAUGUACUCGCUCGACACACCCGUGUUUACUCUCAGGCUCGGCGACAAGGACAACACAAAGAACCGCUUAGCCGGCAACAAGCGGCUCAACAUGUCGGCCAUCAACCACCUCGACCUCUGGCACGGCCAUCGCCCGCAAGCUACUGAUGCUGGUGCUGCCAAAUAAAGCUAGAAAAGUUUUAGAGUA